AUGGCAUCACCCGCUUCUUACUGGUAUCUUCGAGGUUUCAAUCUUCAAGAGAUGGAGCCGUAUCUCGACUGGUUCAACGUGAUGACCUACGACAUCCACGGCGUCUGGGAUGCCAAGAUUGACAGCCCUGGCCCUUAUGCUCAGGCACAUACAAACCUGACCGAGAUCAAGAUGGGUCUCGAGCUCCUAUGGCGCAACAAUAUCAACCCAGAACGCGUUACACUUGGACUUGGCUUUUACGGACGUAGCUUCACGAUGAAAGAUCCUGGGUGCAUGGAGGCCGGCUGCGAAUUUUCCGAAGGCGCGAAUGGUGGCUCCUGCACUGGAACGCCUGGCGUUUUAUCGGCAGGUGAGAUCAAUGAGAUCAUCAAAAACGGCGCCAAAAUCACGUACGAUGAAGAGGCCGCCGUGCAGAUUGUCACCUGGGACUCGGACCAGUGGGUAUCUUUUGACGAUACUAAGACGCUGGGAAUGAAGGUUGAUUUUGCUAAUCAGCAUUGUCUAGGAGGGACCAUGGUCUGGGCUAUAGAUUUAGAUGAUGGCUCGCUCACCAAAGCUCUUGGAGAGAACAUUCAACGACCUGAGCUACCCACAUAUUCGCCGAGGUAUUACUUCGAGUGUGGCAACAUUCCUGAUAAAUCAGAAUUGUAG